GCGCCUAGACGGCCGGCCCCUCCCCUUCCACUGCGCGGCCGCCUGCGGCCUGUCACUGGCCGGGGGUGGCCUCGUUCCGGAGGGGGCGGCGGUGGGCGGGGCCGGGGCCGGAGCCGCAGUCCGAGCUGGAGUUGAAGCCGGAACCGGAGCCGCGGCGGGGCCCUGCUCGGGCGCGAUGAAGGCUUUAAUCCUGGUGGGCGGCUACGGCACAAGGCUGCGGCCCCUGACCCUGAGCACGCCCAAGCCGCUGGUGGACUUCUGCAACAAGCCCAUCCUGCUGCACCAGGUGGAGGCGCUGGUGAAGGCAGGAGUGAAUCAUGUGAUCCUGGCUGUGAGCUACAUGUCUGAGCUGUUGGAGAAGGAAAUGAAGGAACAGGAGCUAAGGCUAGGGAUUCGAAUCUCCUUGUCCCAUGAACAGGAGCCUCUGGGAACAGCGGGGCCCCUGGCACUGGCCAGGGAGCUGCUCACAGAGAAUUCGGAUCCCUUCUUCGUUCUCAACAGUGACAUUAUCUGUGACUUCCCCUUUGCUGCGAUGGUGCAGUUCCAUCGGCAUCAUGGGCAGGAGGGGAGCAUCGUGGUGACCAAAGUGGAGGAGCCCUCCAAGUAUGGUGUGGUUGUGAGUGAGGCAGACACAGGCCGCAUCCACCGAUUUGUAGAGAAGCCCCAGGUGUUCGUGUCCAAUAAGAUUAACGCUGGCAUGUACAUCUUUAGUCCCAGUGUGCUCCGGCGCAUCCAGUUACAACCCACAUCUAUCGAGAAGGAGGUCUUCCCUGUGAUGGCCAAGGAAGGGCAGUUAUAUGCCAUGGAGCUCCCAAGCUUCUGGAUGGACAUCGGACAGCCCAAGGACUUCCUGACAGGGAUGUGCCUCUUCCUGCAGUCGCUAAGGCAGACACAGCCUGAGCGGCUCUACUCUGGCCCGGGCGUUGUGGGCAAUGUGCUGGUGGAUCCAAGCGCCAGGAUUGGCCAGAACUGUAGCAUUGGGCCCAAUGUCAGCCUGGGCCCCGGGGUGGUGCUGGAGGAUGGUGUGUGUAUCAAGCGAUGCACGGUGCUACGAGGUGCCCACAUCCGUUCUCACUCGUGGCUCGAUUCCUGCAUUGUGGGCUGGCGCUCCCGCGUGGGCCAGUGGGUGCGCAUGGAGAACGUGACAGUGCUGGGAGAGGACGUCAUCGUAGGCGAUGAGCUCUACCUCAACGGGGCCAGUGUGUUGCCCCACAAGUCCAUUGGCGAGUCAGUGCCUGAGCCUCGAAUCAUCAUGUGAACUGAGGUGCAGAGCACAGUGGCCCCUGGUGCCCUGGGCAAGGCUCAGGUGCUUGCGUGCCUCCAAGGGGAGGGAGCCAUAGCCCUCUCCCCACCCCUGCCCCUGUAAAUAGCUCUGUUUAUAAUGCAAGAGUCUAAACAAAGCUGGAGUUAUAUUGUUUAA